AGUAGGGGUGGGGCCGCGGGAGCGGGUCACAGCUGUGCGUGUUGGUCGUGGGAGGAGGCGGCGCCCGGCUCUUACAACGAUGGCUGGGCUGCAGGCUUUGGUGCAGCGGGUGCUGCGCGCACUGGUGUGGCGGGCACUACACGCACUGUUCUGCCCGCACCGUACGCUCAUGUCGGCGCUGCGCGUGCACCCGGGCACUUGGAGCUGGCUCUGGCGGCUCCCCAAGCCUCUGGCGAACCGUGGGAAUCCUCGUAGCAGUCCCUGCCCGCACCCGCACCUGCACCCUCACUUGCACCGCCUCCCACACAGGGACCCUGCGCUGGCAGCCAUACGCCCUGGGCUGCGCUGGCGCGCCGAUGGCCGGACCCUGCACAAGCUGCCGGUGCACUUGACUCUGCUGAUCACGGAGCUGGAGCACAACUUCUCGGACGUGGCGAGCAUCGUGGUGUGGUGCGUGGCCGCGGGGAUCUCCUACGUUAGCGUCUACGACCACCAAGGUACUUUCAAGAGAAAUCAUUCCAGACUGAUGGAGGAAAUUUUAAAACGACGACAGGAACUUUCGGGCUUAGAUUGUUCCAGAUACUCAGCAGAGUUGGAAGAGAGUAUUGACAAAGACGGUCUAGUUUUAAAUUGCUGGCCGCCAGUGCAGGUGCUGUCCCCAGAAGACGGAAAAGCAGACGUAGUGAGAGCCGCUCAGGACUUCUGCCAGUUGGUGGCGCUGCAGCAACGGAGAGCCACAGAUCUGAACGUGGACGUGUUUGACGGCUUGCUUCGUUCCCAGGGCUUCCCGGAUCCGGAUUUAGUAUUGAAGUUUGGUUCUGUGGACAGCACACUAGGCUUUCUCCCUUGGCAAAUCAGACUGACUGAAAUCAUCUCCUUGCCAUCUCACCUCAACCUCAGUUACGAGGACUUCUUCUCUGCCCUUUGUCUGUACGCGGCCAGCGAACCGCGUCUGGGAAAGUAGUGGUCCCCGUUUGCACGAUUCGAUUCAGGCUUUUGAAAGGAAAGGACCCCAGUGAUGUUUACAUCACUCUGAUGUUCACAAAGUACUUAUAAGACCCUGUGCACAUCUAGUUCAUAACCUCAUAAUUUAUCAGCAGACAUAGUGUCUUACUUGAGAGUGCACGUGUGUGUUUGGAAAGAAACAGAGAGGCAGCCGGGAAUGCAGCAAUAGGUGGGAGCCAUCGGAUUUAAAGGCCUCAGCUGUACAACUUCCCCGGUUUUGUGAAUUACAGGGGUGAUUAGAGCUGGCCGUUUGGAGUGGGGUGAGGGUAAUUUUUGUUCAGCUUAUCCUAGUGACCAAACAUUUAUUUUUAAGACUAAUAUAUUGACUUAUUAAAUGGGAGUAUUCUCAUUUUGAGGGCGAUUCAGAGGAGCAGGAUCCCGUAUUCACACUCAGGUUCAAAACAACUCUCUCUCCUCAGGUUUCUGGCUGCUUCCAUUGCUUUGUUCUAGGAAGCGAUGACGUUUGAGUACUGCUUUGGUGCCUGUGUUCUGGAUUGUGAAGAUCACUGGGAAAAAUAAAAUCGUUCAGUACUGAAUAAAGUGCAGAAAAUAAAAAUUUUAAAUGUUGAAUUAGGCAGUCAAAAACUAGAUUAAUAAUCGUCUCAGAGGUGGAAAAUUCCCUAAAAAGGCAGUUUUUGAUACCUUAGCUGGUAUGCAUAGCAUGCGACAAAGGACCCGAAAAACAUUUCCAUUAGCUUUUGAUUAAAAUGAGCACUUGAGAGAAGCUACCAGGCAGCUCGUUUCCUCCGAAGUAGCCCGUUCCCCUUCCUGAGUAACACCUGGGGUUCCCUCCGCCCCUCAGUAAAUCUCAGGAACAGUCUUGCAUAGAUGUUUAAGUAGGAUGGAGCCUUUGCCAUCAAAGUCCAGGAAGACAAUUUAGCUUGAUUAUUUAUGUUCUCUAGUGUCCCGGAGAACAGGCUCUGUUACUUUAAGAAUAAGUCCGUUCUUGACAGCGACUUAAUGUUUUUCCCCAUACUGCUCCAGUUCUGAUGGCAGCCACUCUUUAUAUGUGAUGGACAGUUUUCCAAAAGCUCUUCCCAGCAAGAGUCAUGCUCACCUAGAGUGGAGUCCUUUAAAUACCGGGCCCCAGAAAUCGGAAAAACAGCCAAGAAAAAAAACUGUGUUUGAAAAGUAUGGUCUAGAAUAGCUUCUCAGAUUUGGAGGGGAAGAAUAUGUUUUAGCUUGGGAUUACAAAUGCCAAUUAUGAUGUUAAAAAUAUACUUACAAUAAAAAUGAUUAAAAUGAAUUUUGGCCCAGUAAUAUUACUUCGCACUUAAGUGGUUUUUUUAUACAAAUUCUUUUUUUAAAGGUCUUAAUUAUUGCCAAAAUUUGUGUGAAGCUACAGCAUAUGUAAACAUUAUUAGAAAAUCUCCCAUUUCUGGUGUCCCUUGCAGUGAUCCAUGUUCCAUUGGUUUUUAUUCCCCCUAGGGGGACUAACUUUAAAAAACUUAAUGUCUUUCAUUAACAUGAUAUACAUGUUCUUAACAGAUCUUCGGGGGUUUAGUCAGUUUUAGUGAAUUAAACUUAGCUUAAUUGAAGUAAAGGGAUUUAAGAUUGGUUAGCUGGUUGUGGUCGUGCACACCUUUAAUCCCAGCACUCAGUGGGCAUCUCUGUGAGUUUGAGGCCAACCUGGUCUACUAGUGAGUUCCAGGAUAGCUAGGACUAAACCAAGAAACCGUGUUUCAAACAAACAAACAAACAAAAACCAAGCAACAAACAAACAAAAGCCAAAGGCAACAAUAAAAAACACUCAGAAAAACAAGCCCAUUGGGAUAGAAUCAAAAUCCCAAGUCUGUUGUAGUCUGAAAAAGAAUUGCUUAAGCAAGUAACUAGGGUGUGGAUUUAAGUGUGAACAUUCCAGAACCUUCUUAUAUGAUUGCUAAUUCAAUCUAGACAGCUUGAAGUGUCAGAAUCAUCUCAAGCUGGGCACCACCAAAAGCCCCUUUGAGCUUCCGAAGAGAUGCUGUAUUUGUGUGUAUGAAAGGGUGUUUUGUUUAAAUUGUUUCUUCUUGACAUUCUCCACAAUUGAAAAACUGCCAAGCUGAACCAGUUUGCAGAUGGGAGCUUGGAGGGUCUGAAGGCCAUUCUGAAGCUGGAUUGUGGCUUGCUUCUUCAAGCUGACUGGUUACUGCGUGAAGACAAAAAGCUGAUUUAGACGUGAGUAGCAGAUUCCGGUACAUUAUGGCUGAGCCUUGGAUGCUUGCUUCUGAUGAGAAAAUGCUGCAAUAUCAACGAACAGUGCCAAAUAAAUUAUGCAUUUCUACGAUGCACUCUUUGAAUGCAUGCUAAUUAGCUCCUCCCAUCUGUGAAGUGGUUCCCGUCUUAGAAUCGGUGAAGCUUUUGUGAUAUGUUUGGA